AUGGCAUCGAGGCGGAAUGUACGGUAUGCUCAGCUUCCAGGAGAUGAAGAUGAUGAAGAUUAUGGAAAUGGUGGUGGGAGGAUAAAUUUCGAUCCCCGAUUCGAUUAUACGCCGAAAGCAUUUGAUAGAGUACCAUGGAAAUCCAUAGCACUAGCUGUGUUUCUUCUGUUCCUUGGUUGCUUGCUUCUCCUUUUAACGGUUUUCAUCUUCACUGGUCACAUGGAAGGAGAUAGCUCUCAAGGUUAUGCCCUUCUCGUCCUUGGGAUCCUUACUUUCCUCCCUGGAUUCUACGAGACCCGGAUUGCUUACUAUUCAUGGAGAGGAGCUGAAGGGUACCGUUUCGCAGCCAUUCCCUCCUACUGA